AAGGCAGCACAGCAUUUUUUUGGACAGUAGCACCAACUGGAGAGCAGUACGACAAAUAAAUGCAUUAAAUAUGAAUGAAUUUGACUGCCAAGAUAGUGGAUUUUAUUUUAUUCCCAACAUAACCAGAAAUUUAUUGGACUUUUUAAACAAAAUGUAACUUUUACCGAAGAAUGAUAUGGUCCAUGCACUUCAUAUACAGAUAAAAGGUAUUAUCCAAUGAGGUGAAGGCGGAGGCGUGGCCAAGUCAUGUUUACGUCUGGCGGGCAGAGAUUGAGAAGUGGGCCACCAUAGUGUGAAGAGCACCUGUCAGUGUGGUUGGAUGUACAGUAGUGGCAGUCCAAUGAGCCACUGCAAGACAGGGUACAAGAAGACUUCAGUCAGAGUUUCCAUGCUGAGAAGAGGAAGGAGCGGCCGGGCUCGACAUUUGGCCUGGAGUGAAAUGCGACACGGAACUGAUUCCUUGGCGGUGAUGCCGAUAUCAGGCGGACGGGAAGAUUGGGACAGUCAGAUGACAACACAACAGGUAAUCGAGUCUGAGGUGGAUCACCUGGACACCUCACAGGCUGUCUCUGAGGUGACGGCAGAGGCGGAUGAGGUGGUGGAGGCCCCACCCAGCUUGGUUCCUGUGAUCGGGGAGUCUUUCUGUCAGUGUGUCAGAGAAGAGGAGCUGAUCGGGGGCUUAGGCAUCACCCCAGAAUGCCUGUGUGGAGAGGAGGACGACGGUUUCGACUGGGUGUGGGACGACAAGGUCAAGUCCUCAGGCGUGUUCCUCAGCUGCGACAACAGGAAGGUGAGCUUCCACACGGACUACAGCUGCGGCACUGCUGCCAUCCGAGGCACCAAGGAGCUCAGCGAUGGUCAACACUUCUGGGAAGUCAAGAUGACGUCACCAGUCUAUGGCACGGACAUGAUGGUGGGAAUAGGAACAUCAGAGGUCAACCUGGAGAAGUUCAAAUAUAACUUUGGAAGCUUGCUGGGCCACGAUGAAGACAGUUGGGGGCUUUCCUACACAGGUCUCUUCCAGCAUAAAGGGGACAAGGCAACAUUUUCCUCGCAGUUUGGCCAAGGCUCCAUCAUCGGAAUGCAUCUGGACACCUGGCAUGGUACCUUGACCUUCUACAAGAAUCGACACUGCAUAGGUGUUGCUGCCACCAGGCUGCAGAACAAGAAGUUGUACCCCAUGGUGUGCUCCACAGCAGCAAAGAGCAGCAUGAAGGUGAUCCGCUCCUGUUACACGCCCACCUCCUUGCAGUACCUCUGCUGCACGCAGCUUCGCCAAAUGUUCCCGGCCUGCCGUGACAUAAUAACUGCUUUGGAGUUACCCCCGGGCCUGUGCACCCUUCUCCGCACACAGCUAGGCUGGGUGUUCUCCAUCACUAGCACCGACACCAACACCAGCAUGGAAGCCUCUGAGCAACACAGUGACUCCACCGAGGAUGACACAAGCCUCCCUUCGAAACCCAGCCCCAGUGCCUGCAGGUCGCAGAGUCCCUGCACCAAUUCGCUACCCGACCUGGUCCUGCAGCCUUGCCACUGCCCCCCAACACCCGCCAGUAGUGACUAUGAUAGCUGCUGCUCUGAGCCAGAAGAUUACCAGAGUAAAAGAUGUCGCUGGGCAUGAAGUGCACCUUCAAUCAGUAAGUGACUUGUGGUCUUUCCUGUUGGUAAUAAGAUGCUCAAACAUUUGACUUGUUUAUUGUAUAUCUGAACCUGCAAUGGCAAAUACUGUGUUAACCUGAAUACAAGACCACCCAGUUUUUAGAAAAACGAGUAAAGACAACUCUCCAUAGUGUGUGUGUGACAGGAAGAAAAGCUCAGACAUACAUAAUUGUACAUAUAGUAAUAAAAUAAGACAGCUGACUUCUUUCUAAGGAAAAUACAGCAUCUUGUAUUUGGGUCAAUGCAGUACUAACUAGUACAUACUUUCAAGGAUGUUUUGUAAUUAUUAAUUAUUAUUUGUAAUUAUAAGACAUACUUAACACAUUAGACCAAAAACAGGAACAAGAGCUUUUUGAUACGACACUUUUUGUAUCUGCAAAGUUUGUUAUGAACUUUCUUACUCAUGCGAUCA